AGUCAAACGCUGCCUAUUUCCACAGCUCCUCUGCCACUAUGAAGGGGACCUUUUCCAAAGCCAUCCUUGUUCUGACCAUCUCUGCCUGGGCUACCUUUGCCUAUGAUUUCCUUGAUCCUGUGACCUCCAAUGUGUCUUAUGAAGACACAAAGGUCAAGUGCACCCAGAAUAUUAAUACAUGCUGGUUUAUCUCCUUCAUCAAGCCAAGUGAACUUGUAUGUGGCAGUGACCGGGUUACCUACAAUAGUGACUGCCACUUGUGCUCCAAAGUUCUAUUUGAAGGGCUUAACAUAACGAAGCUGCAUGAUGGACCAUGUGAAGUUGCCUAAACUCACCAUGAGAAUUAUAGAACUUGCUGAAUCCCCAGAUGAUCAAUUUGGCUCUUUAAGUAUAGUCCACUUAGAGGUGAAUGCUAAAGAA